UUUUAUUUGUCACAUACACAUGGUUAGCAGAUGUUAAUGAUAAAGAAUAUGUACAUAUGAAUGAGUGAUGGUACAGAGCAGCAUAGGCAAGAUACAGUAGAUGGUAUCGAGUACAGUAUAUACAUAUGAGAUGAGUAUGUAAACGAAGUGGCAUAGUUAAAGUGGCUAGUGAUACAUGUAUUACAUAAGGAUGCAGUCGAUGAUAUAGAGUGCAGUAUAUACGUAUGCAUAUGAGAUGAAUAAUGUAGGGUAAGUAACAUUAUAUAAGGUAGCAUUGUUUAAAGUGGCUAGUGAUAUAUUUACAUCAUUUCCCAGAUGAUGAAUGGGGAUGGAGAAGUGAAACUACUCUCAAAUUCAUAGACAGACCUAUGGAUGCAAGGACUGACCAUCCAUGAUAUCAACAUUAUAGUUUUAACCAUGUUGAGGCUGUAGUGUUUUUUUUACAUUGUUUACAGCAGUUGAACUAAGCUUAUGAGGCAUGUGUUAUAUUCUUCAAGAAUCAAUGGCUAGAAAUAAAUGAUUUAAAAGUCACAAUAUGGAUGUAGCAAUUGCUGAUUUCCCACUUUAACACCAAACAUCAGAUCUGCAGAGUUUGUGCUUGUGUUUUUAAGACAGUACUUACUAGUGGUAAUCAGGAAACAGUUUCUCAAAACCAUUUUAUGGCUAAAUUCAACGUUAGAACCAUCGGACACCUUAAGAUGCAUUUGGGAAACCGGGACACAGAUACCCAGGUUCCUCCUCUUCUUCCCCCUCCUUUUUUCGAUGUGAGUCAUCUCCCCUCCUCCUCUUUCAAUCCAUAAAACUCUUCCUCCUCUUCUUUUACUCUAACAUCCUCCUCCUCUUUCACUCUGAACAUGUAUUCCUCUUCUUUCACAGUAACGGCCUCACCCUCUACUUCUUGUUUUACUGUGAUACCCACCUCUCUUCUCUAUCAGGAGCUUAGUAGCUUAGUGACCGCAUGGUCGGGGAUGUUAGCUUGCUAGGCUAAUGCUAACUUAACCAGACAGCUAGCUGAAUAACAACAACGUAAAUAUUAAAUUGGAUAACUAACUAGAGGACAGAAGUGGGUUUAAAACACAGAUGCUAAUAUACACAAAAUCGUCUAAAGAGCUUUAUUGGUUCGGCUAUUUUGUUGAACAAGCUACCGAGGUGGAUGACUAACUGUUGCUGCUGUUGAGAGAAGCGUUCCGUCCACUAGAUUAUACGUCACACCAGCAGCAUCGCCUUAAAGUCUCACUUCGCCAUCUGCAGACUGGAGUGGGUAACGUAGUUGAGUAAAAUGUAUAUUUAAUUUUCAGACAACAAGUUGAAGUGUAGGAAGCAUGAGUUUUGAAAAUCAUACCUGCUUGCUCCUUUUUGUUUGGUCAACUUUUCGGUAGGGAAGUUAUGUUUGAUUCCGGAGCUACGAGGCAUGCGUCCAAAUCGCUAAUCAAUGACGUCUGAAGCUUCAUUUCAUCGAACAACCACCUGAUUGGUUUGGUUUUGGGCUUGUUCGAUACUGCAGGCGACUGACUUGCAUCAUAAAUAACUACUCAUUAUUAUUUAUAAAUCAGUCAGCCAGUCAUAAUUUACCCACAAUGCAGCAUUGAUUUGACGCUCUCGAACACGGCCAGUGGUUUAGUAAAUGACAUAAAGGCUACGCUGCUACGGUGUGGGAUGUCAUCUAUAAAAAAUGACAAAGGCUAUGCUGCUACGGUGUGGCAUGUCAUCUAUAAUAAUGACAUAAAGGCUAUGCUGCUACGUGCUACGGUGUGGGGUGUCAUCUAUAAUAAUGACAUAAAGGACAGUAUGUUUUAAAUUCUCACUCAAAAUAUGCACUGCUCUAUUUAAACGUCUGAAUAUAAUAUUAUUAUUUAAUGAAAGGAAUGAAAAAUAAACAAACGUAUCUUAACUGCGUUACCCACUCCGUCAGCAGACGGCGAUAUGAGUAUUUCAGGCGUUGCUGCCAGCGUGACGUAUAAUCUAGUGGACGGAACACUGCAACAACAACGAGUCUGCCACCUUGGUAGUCAACAGCCGAAACAUUUAGACUGUUUCUGUGCAUAUUUGCCUCUGUGUUUUAAAUAUACUUCUGACAUAUAGUUAAUUGCCCCAAUUGAAAUGUUACAUGUACAUUGUUAGUCAACUAGCUGGCUUUAUAAGUUAGCCUAGCACUAAACUAGUCGCUCUAGCUAACAUCCCGACUAUGAGCUCACUAAGCUACUCUCCUCCUGCUGAAGAAGAGGUGGUCUGCUGGACGGAGAAAGAAGCUCUGGGGCUGAACGUUGUCGUGAAAGAGGAGAAGGAAGAGGAUGAUGUUACAGUAAAACAAGAGGAGGAAGGGAAAGAGGAGGAUGCAGUUUUUGAAGUGAAUGACGAGAAAGAGGGAGAGAGAACUGUCGUAUUGACAGAGGAGUCAGGAGAUCUGAUUACCACCAGAGAGGGACCAGACUCUCACUCUGACAGCGGGAAGAGUCCUUCAGGGGAACCAGGCCCAGAGACGCCCAAACCAGCAAGACAACACCACUGCUCCCAGUGUGGAAAGAGUUUUAAGGGGUUAAGGAACCUGAAUGUACAUGAGAGAACACAUACAGGAGAAAACCCUUAUGAUUGCUCCCACUGUGGAAAGAGUUUUACCAAGUUAGGGAACCUAAAGGAGCAUGAGAGGACACACACACAAGAGAAAAGCGUUUCCAAUUUUCCCAGUGUGGAAAGAGGUUUACCCAGUUAUGGUACCUGAAACAACAUGAAGAAAUACACACAGAAGAUAGGAAGACCUACCACUGCUCUCAGUGUGAAAAUAUAUUUACUGGGUUAGAGAACCUGAAUAAUACAGAGGGGACACACUGUUCCCACUGUGGAAGGAAUUGUAGGUGGUAUGCGAGCCUAAAGGCCCAUGAGAGAAUACACUCAGCAGAAAAGCCUUACCAAUGUUCCCGGUGUGAAAAGAGUUUCACCCGGUUGGGGAGCAUGAAAAAGCACGAGAGAACACACAGGAGAAAAGCCUUUUCAACAUACUAAGACACAGGAGGAGAAGACAUACCACUGCUCUCAUUGUGAAAAUACAUUUUCCCAGUCAAGAGGACCUGAAAUCACACGAGAGAAGAGUGAGGCUGUGUCUUUGAUUGAGAAAUUGGGUUUUUGUUCAUGCUACAUUAAAUCAUAUUGUACGAAUGAAAUCAUACUGAAAAAUAGGUUUACAUUUUAUUUUCCAGCUCAAAACAUGAUGAUGUCGAAAAUCAGAUUAAAAUAGUGUAAAAAAUAUAUGAUGUUUUGAUUAUGAACUUAAGAUUGAUUGAAUGCAAUUUCUUCAUUCAGAUUGUCAUUGUAAAUGUGAAUUGGUUCUCAAUUGACAUAUCUGAUUAAAUUAAGGUGAAAAAAAGUAAAUGCCAUGUUAUUUUUGGGAAGUCUAUUUGAUUCUAAGUUCGGACAUAUAAAGUGUGUUUGUGAAAACU